AUGGUUUCUUCUUCCGCGUGGUUCAGUCACGACGUUGAGGUUCUCCAAAUGUCCCAGUUCGAUUCUUCCGCAACAAAUGCUGACGAGUCUCCAGUGCUCCAAUCAUCCUCGGUCAAGGACAUCUCUUCAACCAACUUGGUAGAUGAGAAGCCGACCUUCGUGACUCGUCCGCUCUGUAUCCGCCCUAGAACUGCACGCAUAUUGGCCGCAAGGACCGGCUAUCUGCUUAAGGAGCGCUACGAAAUGCCUCUCCCACAUGACCACAGAGGGUACCGUGCUCGAUUGUUUGCUAUUAAAGCACCAUCUUGA